AUGGCCUCCUCCUCUCCCAAUGGCCUGAAUACUCCAGGAGCCACCGACUCCCACACGCCUCGCGCAUCCAAUGUUGUCGGUGACAACGCCGCACCUACCUUUGCAGAAAUCAGAGUCAACGGCGCCACCUUUACCUGUGGUCGUCAUCCACCCUUUGUCAUCCGCCGCUACAUUUCCGAACGCCAGAGACCUCUCGGAUACAAACGACCCUUGAGUGCCUCCGUAGCGAGGGAGCGUAUGCGCGCCAAGCUCUCUGAGUUUGAUGCCAGGUUCAACUCGGCCCGCGCUUACGAUCACUUCUGCGAGCCUGCGAGCCACUCUACGUUUUAUUACCCCCACGAGGAUGUGCUGGAUAUAGUGGCGCCAUGGUUGUAUCCAUACGGCGAAGACGAUGACGUCGGAGAGACUCAUUACAACUAUGGCCCUGUUCUGUUUUGUUUCAUCAACCGCAAAGCAGGCACUUCGCGAGGAGAUGGAACCCUUCCUUGCCUCCCCCGUAUUCUUGAGAUGACGGAGUGCCAUUCUCUAGCACAUACGACCAUAGGUAGUGGAAAACUCGGGGUCCCGUCUGCUCCCCCAUAG